AAUUGCAAAAGAGAUUAUGGUCAGUUUCGCGGUUGAUUUAUAACUAUGGGAUUUGAUUUAAUGUAGUGAAUCAAAAGCUGACGGUUACUCUUUAAGUUACAUCGCCAUGUUAUUUCUGUAUAUGAAUGGAUAAAUGAAAAAAAAAAAUCUGAGUUGCCCCAGGGUGCUCGUCAUCCAGUAGGCAGACAGGUUUGAAACCCUUCAACUUUCUCAGGGAUUCAGCACGGGCUAUGGUAUGGGCAGGAAGAGUUGGGAUAUCCUGCACUAUUGAUUCUGCUAGAAUGAUGCACAAUAAAUUUUUGUGCAGUAGAAAGUGAUUUCACUACAGCUGAACAGAUUCGCAGUUCCAUGUAUCUCAGAUUCUGCAGUACAGUCACUCCUACAACCUCCUGAUCCUUCAUUACAUACCAUUUCAGGAGGGUGCUGCAGUGAAUACCUGGCAACAGCUGCGUUUAUUGAGGAGGUUGGCAUACUCUUUGAGAGUUUAAAUGGUGGAAUGUCUGUUGACCCUGGAAAGCACUGUGUUGCCCACUAAGCGACAACAGUCCUCAAUAUAGAGCACUAGUUAUCCACUUCAGCAGGAAACACUGAGAAACAGGAUCAAUAUCAGAAUUCAGUAUGGCCUACAGCAGGAGCUGCAACAAGGCCAGCACAAAUCAACCGUACAAGAAGGAGAUGAGUCCAAGCCGAGAACCCGCCAGCACAGCAACUUCGAUCAUCGGACGAGAACAACACUAACGGUGAGUCCUUGCUAAAGAUACAUGAGUGCCAGACAAAGGGAAGAAGGUAUUAUAUUCACUGAGGCUGAUGAAGCGACCAGCAUGGCUGAGGAGUACAUUAGUGUGAGUGAAGCCCUUAAGUUAGUAACUCCCUUCACAGGAAACAAACGCGAUAUCCUUACUUUCAUUUCAAACGUGAACACCGUGUUUGAAGUAAUCAACCCGAUCCAUGCAGAGAGGCUGUAUAAAUUUAUACUAACGCAGAUUAGUGGGGAACCUAGGACCGUGAUAGCGCGCAGAAAUUUAGAAAAUUGGGGAGAGAUGGAAGAAUUUCUGAGAAGCACAUACGUGGAAAAACGCACUCUGGAUUUCCAUGCCAACAAGUUGUUCCGAGCCAGACAGGAAAAAUCGGAAAAUAUUUCAGAGUGGAUUCAGAAGAUUCAGGCACUGGGUUCGAAAUUUAGAGAAGCUGCUUUGAAAGAUUGUACACCCACAGAGCGAGUGGGCAUUUUAAUGUUAUCCGACAGAUUAAGGAAUAUUUGUUUUACACAAGGAUUACAGUCAGACAGAAUACAAAUGAUCAUUCGAAGCAAAAAUCAAGAGAGCUUCGAUGAGAUCGCGGAAACAGCGCUAGAGGAGGAGAGCACUAUUUUUUCGAAAAACGAGAGGUACAAGGGAACUGAAAGAUUUUCAGUGCAAUGCACUAAUUGCAAAAAAUUGGGGCACACAAGUAACAAGUGUUAUUUAAGGCAUAAACAAGAAGGCAAAGUAGAGGUGUCACAUUUCAAGACGAACCCUCAAGGCCGGGAAUUCACGUGUUUGAAUUGUGGGGAAAAAGGACACAGUUUGAGAUUUUGCAAAAAACCUAAAAAGAAACUAGUACAAGACAAGAGUAGAGUCGAGAGACCGGGAAACAAGAGCAGGCCAUCUCGCAGCAGUCCUCAAACAGCCAAUGCUACUCAAUAGGCUGCAUUUACGAAGGUGAUAGUGACUUUUUAGAGUUUGUUGUAGAUAUUAGUAAGGGUGAAAGAUUAAAAUUCUUGCUGGACACGAGCAGAAGUUAGCCUGAUAAAAAGCCCUAAAUUAAUAAGCACCACAGUGUUUGAUCCCAAUCAAAAGUGCGGGUGAAAUGUGUAGAUGGGUCAGUAGUGGAAACCCAUGGCACGGUGAACGCGUGCGUAAGUGAAGGCCAACACAAGGUCAGGUUUGAAUUUCAAUUAGUAAAUAAGCAAGUAGACCUUGCUUAUGAUGGAAUAAUUGGUAGAGAUUUUCUACAGUUUACAAUGGCCAGAAUCUGUUUCAAGAGCAACAGGGUAGUAUUUAAUAUGCCUGAGGGCGAAUGGACCAAGGUAAUAGGCGAGGAAAAGGGGAACACCCGAAACAACAGAGUUUGCACCCUAAAAAUUCCCCGAAGGUCAGAAAUGAUAGUGAGAAUACCCAUGGAGAACGGAGUAGAAGGGGCAGAAGGAGUAAUAGAGAAAGCGGAAGUAACAGAAGGGGUGUAUUUAGCUAGUGCCUUGACUAAGGUAGCGAACAGUCAGGUUGUCACUAGUAUAUUAAGUACCAAGGAGACAGACGUAAUAAUAGAAAUUCCCGAAAUAAAAUGGGAAGCAUGUGACGUGUACAAAGGAGAAAGAUUCCAAAAAUCUGGGGGAUCGCUAACCACGACUAGUAAAGGUACUCAGAAUAGGACACAGGAGUUGCUAGGGGCGCUGAUGUUGGAUAACCUGAACCCCAAAGAGAAGCAGGUGAUGGAGGAAACAUGCAAAGACUAUCAGGAUAUUUUUUACUUACCAGGAGACAAAUUUAGUUGCAUGACCACCGUGAAGCACUCAAUAAAUGUGGUACCGGGCACGAGCCCCGUACACACGAGGCCUUAUUGACUACCCGACUCGCAAAAGGCGGAAAUAGAAAGCCAGGUCAGUAAUCAACUAGAAAAAGGAAUCAUUGCAGAGAGUAGUUCGCCAUGGAACAGCCCUCUACUAAUUGCACCCAAGAAAGCCGACAAUAGUGGGGAAAGGAAAUGGCGGCUGGUAGUAGAUUUCAGAAAGCUGUAUGACAAGACCAUUGGAGAUGCUUAUCCAUUACCGGAUAUAACAGAGAUCUUGGAUCAGUUGGGGCAAUCAAAAUAUUUUAGUUGUCUAGACCUAGUGAUGGGGUAUCACCAAAUUGAACUAGAGGAAAAGGACAGGAAAAGACCGCGUUCAGCAUGAGAAACAGUCACUGGGAGUAUAACCGAUUACCAUUCGGAUUAAAAACAGCCCCCGCGACAUUCCAAAGAUUGAUAAAUACUAUACUCUCUGGGGUUGACGGGAAUGCACUGUUUUGUCUUCCUUGAUGAUAUAGUAAUCUAUGCAAAGUCAUUGAGUGAACAUGAUUCAAAGCUGUGGGAAGUGUUUGGACGAAUUCAAAAAAAUAAUUUAAAACUCCAACCUGAAAAAUGUAAAUUUCUUAGAACAGAAGUAGGCUAUUUGGGACACAUUAUCACAGAGGAAGGAGUGCAACCAAAUCCAGAAAAAAUAGAAGUGAUUGAAAAUUUCCCUAGACCGGAAUCACCAAGAAAAUUGAAAGGAUUCUUGGGUAUGACAGGGUACUACCGCAAGUCCAUAAGUAAUUACAGCAAGAUUGCUGCACUUCUAUAUUUGCUACUUAGAAAGGAUGCACAAUUUCAAUGGGAAGAUGACCAAGAAAACGCCUUCUGGAAAUUAAAAGGAAACUUAACAUCAAAACCUAUUUUGCAGUAUCUGGAUUUCUUGAGGGAAUUCACACUCACCAUAGCGAUAUUAUCGCAGGGCCCUAUCGGGAAGGACUUGCCAAUAGCCUAUGCUAGCCGAAAUUUAAAUAAGGCAGAGAAAAAUUACACUACUAGUGAGAAGGAACUCUUGGCUAUAGUUUGGGGGGUCAGUCACUUCCGACCUUACCUUUAUGGUAGAAAGUUCACCAUGAACAUAAAGGACCCCGGAUCCCGAUUACUUAGGUGGAGGAUAAAAUUAGAAGAGUACGACUACGAGAUCGUCUAUAAGAAGGGAGCGCUGAACACAAAUGCCGGCACACUAAGUAGAAUAAAUGGGUUAGUGCUCGAGGACGAGGGAAACCAAGAGGAGGUCCCUAGUGAGGAAAGGAAGGGAUGAAUCAUGUAUGAAUAUCAUGAUGCACAGUUAGGUGGGCAUCGGGGAAUGAACAGGACCUAUAGGACCAUAAAGGAUAAGUAUUCAUGGCCUAACAUGAAACAAGAAAUAGAAGAAUACGUCAAACGAUGUAAAAGCUACCAAGUGAACAAGAUGCUAAGUCCACAAGCGAAGGCCCCUACGGAAAUUACCACAACAGCACGGCAGCCCUUCAAGAAAUGUUGUCUAGACAUUGUAGGACCCUUAACUGAGACUCGGAGGCAACAAAUAUAUAUUAACAUUCCAGGAUGAGCCCAGUAAAUUUUUAGUAGCAAUCCCUAUACUGAAACAAGACGCCGAAACGGUAGCAAAAGAAUUUGUGAAGAACGUCGUUUUAAGGAUGGGAACGCCUAAAAGACUACUAACUGACCAAGGAUCAAAUUUUUUAAGCGAGGUAUUUAGAAGUACUUGUAGACUACUAAAGAUAAAGAAAUUACAAACGACUUCAUUUCAGCCAGAGAGUAACGGUAGCCUAGAAUGGAGUCACAGAGUAUUAAAUGAAUACCUGAGGCACUAUAUUAAGGAAGAUCAAAGUAACUGGGACGAGUGGAUUCCCUAUGUGGUACAUGUAUAUAUCACAUCCACACACGCUUCCACUGGGUACACACUGUUCGAAUUAGUGUACGGAUUCAAGUCAGCCAUGCCUUCUGUACUACAAGAACCCCCCCAGUGUACAGUAUAAUUAUGAUGAGUUUGUAACCGGAUUAAAGGGUCGGUUACAAACAGCACACACGAUAGCAUGAGAAAACCUACUAAAAUGUAAGGAGAGAAGUAAAGAACACUACGACAAGAAUUCAAGGGUACCUUUGUUUCGAGCAGGGGACAAGGUACUGCUGUAUGAUGAAACAGUCCGAAUGGGGAGGUCUAGAAAACUUUCAUCCCAUUGGUUAAGCCCCUAUGAAAUCAUUAAUCUGGACAGGGUAAACGCCACCAUUAAGAAAGGACAAAAUGGCCAGAAGGUACACUUAAACAGACUAAAGAUGUUUAAUUAGGACAGGAAUUAGAGGACAUGAACAAACAUUUUUACUUUUCAGAUGCAUGGUGGGAGAGCACGAGCGUACAUACUCUGGAUCGUAUGGUCGUGGGAAACUGCGAAACCCCAAGUCGCAGAAAAGGGGCUAGGCCACUCAAUAGAGAAAUAUGAGGAAUCACCAGGAUUAUAUUACGAACAGUUAGGGGAAACGACACUAUAUAACACCGACUGGAAAAACGGUGGUAUAUGUAAAUUUGUGGCAAACUGACCGUGACAUUGACCAGUUCGUAGGCAGUGCUGAUUCGCGACUAAAUUUGUUUGAUAUCAAAAUAACAGCCGAAGGACACAUUGCUCGAGUUAAUAAUGCCCUCUCGGUCAUGCAAACAAAUAUAGACCUGAUGAUUGAAAGUGUCAUCAAUGCACAAAGGGGAAUGUUACAACUGCAAAUAGUUGCACCAAGUUUAAUUUUAGAAACCUUGAAAAGGAGUAUUGCAGAAUUCCCGAAGGAAAAGAUGGCACCAUUUGUCAUUAGCAAGGAUUCAUCCAACCUAAUAUAUAAAAUAUGUGACAUAAAUAUAUAUGUAAAAGAUGGUAUCUUAGGAUACAUUAUUAGCUUACCGAUGAUCAACAGGGGUGUGUUUAAAACGUUUAGGCUGAUACCAUUGCUGGUAGCAAUGGGUCGAGGCAAAUUUAUUUAUAUUGAAACGGAGAGUAAGUUACUGUAUGUCGAUCAGACGAGACAGUAUUACUUUAUGUCAGAUAGGGAAGAGUUAAGAAGGUGCAAGACGAUUGAGCCAACUAAGUACAUUUGUAAACAAACACGACCCCUGCUGAAUAGCCAUAUGCAAGAGGCAUGUGCGAUAAAGUUUUACAACCGAGAAUAAACAUCCCAAGGAUCUGUGAUACAAGAAUUGUACAACUCAUGCACACAAUCUGGACACAAUUAGAACAGAGGAAUGAAUGGAUUUAUUUCAUCCCUUUGAGCGAUAGUAUUACCAUCUUGUGUCCAGGUAGGGAUCCAACAGACAUCGUACUUACCAGUACAGGUAAACUAAUGAUUCAACCAAAUUGUAAAGGGUAUAGCCUUCAAGAAUGUUAUCCAAGCAAACACUACAAAAUAUGGAGGUGACCUACUAUCCAAGGUCGAAGCUCAAUUUGAAUGUUGCGAGAACUUGGGUGUUUCCAAAAAUUUGAGUCACAUUGAACUAAAGCUAGACUUUAAACAUGUAGUUUCACAUGUAGAAGAUUUGAAGUAUACAAGCUACAAAAUUUCUGAAUUAGAAGAGAAAAUUAAGGAUAACGAAUGGAAACACAAGCACUCGCAAUAUCAUAGUGUGUAUUCUGUUUUUGCAUAUAUCCUAAUAACUUUGAUUUCCAUGUACAGAAUUUAUAGGUUGGGACGGUUCAUUUUAAGACGACGGUAUGGAGGUAACACGGUAAGGGCCCUUAUGGGGCCGGUAGAAGAUGUAAAGCUAUCCACCAAACCAAGCAGGGCCGGAAAUGUAGUCAAUCAUCAUCAUCAGUAAUCUGUCAAGACGACAGGUCCACAGUCUCUUCCAAAACAAUUCCUCCACUUAAUG